AUGACUUUGCAACAUGGUUUGCAGCAGCACACAGUUUUACGUACACAACAGCAUGGACCACAGCAACAAUCACAGCAAGGGUCGCAGCAAGAGCAACAACACGGAUCACAGCAAGAACAACAACAAGGGUCACAGCAUGAGCUACAACACGAGCCACAACCGCAGCCACAACCGCAACCACAUCCACAACCGCAUCCGCAACCACAACCACAGCCUGGCAUAUUAAUAGUAAUAAUGUAG